AUGUCGGAGGUCUCAGAUAAUGCUAAGCUACUCCAUACCAAGAUGCGGGAAUCCCCCACAUCCAGAGCUUUUACUCAACAAGAAGCAUCUAAUUUAAUCAAUGUUACCAAAGAAUCGGAGUUGAUGCUAUUACUACAAGAAUUACUUAACGCCAAUUUAAUCAAAUUGAGUAAAACAGGUGAUGAAAUACGAUUUCAAGCAGUUAGUGUUGACGAUGCUAAGAAAUUAGUCAGUAUGAGUGAUGAUGAGCGAAUGAUUUAUUCAUAUAUUGAAGCUAGUCAACGUGAAGGUAUUUGGACAAAGACCCUUAAAGCAAAGACUAACUUACAUCAACAUAUUGUUUCCAAGUGUUUGAAGAAUUUAGAACAUCAACGAUAUAUCAAAUCCAUCAAAUCAGUAAAACAUCCAACAAGAAAGAUUUAUAUGUUGUAUCAUUUACAACCUAGUAUUGAUGUUACUGGUGGUCCCUGGUUUACUGAUUCAGAAUUAGAUACUGAAUUUAUUGACACAAUAUUGGAGGUUGUAUGGAGAUUCAUUGUCAACAAGACAUUUCCCAGAAUGGACCAGCAACAAGAAGGGCAACGUCUGAUUAACCCAUUACAAGCAUCAUACAUAGCGUCAUUCCAAGGAGUUGAUCUAGAUCAAAUAUUGGAGUUUAUUAAUGGAAGUGGUGUAAGUUCUGUGGAGUUGGAAUUGAACGAUAUUCGAUCAUUAUGUGAUGUAUUGAAGUUUGAUGAUAAGGUGGAAGAAAUUGAUGGACAUAGUGGAUUGUUUAAAGCAACAAGACAAAGUUUAUUGGAAAAGGGGUUAAUGAGAAAUUUAGAGGAGUUGAAAGGUCAAAUUCCUGAAUCAACUAGAGAAUAUCUUGUGAAGAAUAAAGAGUAUUCGAUAUUUGAUUUCAAGACUGAGGUUGAAGAUUUCCAAGACGAACAGGAUUUUGUAAAUCUAGAUAGUUUUGUAAAUGUAUGA